AUGGGUGAUUGGAUUAGUAGUUUGCCUGAUGAAAUUCUAUUCCUCAUAAUUUCUAAACUUGCUUUUGAAUCUGCCAUUCAAACCAUUUUCCUUUCAAAGAGAUGGAGACUUCUAUGGGAGACAGCUCUAGUGCAGCAUGGAACUGAGGAGGACGCUGCUCAAGCUAUAUGUGAUUUUCUUGCCAAUUUUAAUGAGCAAGAUCCAUCCAAGAAUACCAGGAAGUUUCAGUUUCAUUUCAUCAAUGGCAGUGUCGUCUUAGCUAUUAUUGCUCCUAACAACAAGCUUCAUCUUGAUUUCUCUUCUGGGAAGCAAGAAAUUCACAGGCAGUUUAAGUUGCAAUUAGAGUUCAAUAAUCCCCAGAAUUUUGCCUGCAGCUGCAGCCAACCAUCUCCUUCUCUCUCUGCCUUCUCUGUCAAAAGUCUUCAUUUGAUAUCUGUCAACCAUCUGACAAAUGAUGCCGUUUCUUCCAUGUUAAAAAAUUUUAUGUUUCUUGAAACCUUGAGAAUCACAGGCUGCAAUUUCUUACAAUCUUUGAGUAUAGGUUCUGAUACAAAGCUUUUGAAUUUGAUAAUCUUUGAUUGUCUGCAAUUAGAGUUUCUGCACAUCAGAUCUUUUAAGCUUCGAAUGUUCCGAUUUCGAGGACUAUUACCUUCAUUUUGGCUUGAAUAUCACUAUAAUUUGGCUGAUGCAUUUCUUGAUUUCAGACAAGGCCCAAAGAGUAAUAGCUUCAGUAGCUGUGACUUUGACUCAGUCCUGCUAGCCAUAAAGAAUGUAAAAGUUCUGACUCUAUGCAAAUGGACAUUUCAGGCAUUGAUUUGUCCAUCACUAUCCACAUUUCUUGCAGAAUUUCAGUUCUAUAAUCUAGAAGAGUUAUGGUGGAUUGAUAAUUCAGAACAAGAAUAUGAUAGUGAUCCCUUAAUCUCGUUCCUGAAACUAUGCCCUUCAUUAGAGCGACUCUUUGUUACAAUUGAUCCUAAAAGUUACUGUGUGGAGAGAUCUGCAACAUGUUCAAUACAAGCUGGUAGGAAUACAAAACUGCAACGUCUAAAACUGGUGAAAUUAGAUGGUUUUACAAAAGAGGCAGAUGAGACCCUCUUGGCUGAACAUUUAGGAGAAGUUGUGACUAGUGAGCCACUAAUCCUAGCAUCAGCUGAUGGGAUUUGCCUUCGGAAGCUGAUUCAUGAUCCCUUGUACCAGCCAAAGCAGCAGUCACAUGAAAGGAAGUGUUCUUAUAAAUCUGUGGAAGUAAAAGAUAUGAAUAUGUUAUGUCCAAAGCAUGUUCAUAUGGGUUUGUAG